AAAACUAUCAGUUGGUUUGAGGAAGGACAUGGAGACAACUACUUAGCUUAUCUCCCACCCUGCAAAAAAGGAAACCUUAUCCCCCCCACCCUUGUUAAUUCAGCCACUGACCAGGACAGGAGCUCAUUCCCGAUGCUCAAGUGAAGAUCAGAGUUUCUUCGAAGAGGGACCAGACUGGCUGGGGCUGAAUUCCCAUCUGCUCUGCAAGGGAGGGGGUCCUGCUUUCUGGACAAGAGGCUUCAUCUUCUGAAAGUGGCAACUUCUAGGAACUAUAAGAUUUCCCCUGUUUACAAGUGAAGAUGCCUCGUCCUGGAAGAAACACCUACAGCGACCAGAAGCCUCCUUAUUCCUACAUUUCCCUGACCGCCAUGGCCAUCCAGGGCUCCCAAGAGAAGAUGCUGCCCCUCAGUGAGAUCUACAAGUUUAUCAUGGACAGGUUCCCCUACUACAGAGAAAACACACAGAGGUGGCAAAACUCUCUGAGGCACAACUUGUCUUUCAACGACUGUUUCAUCAAAAUCCCAAGGAGACCUGAUCAGCCUGGAAAGGGCAGUUUCUGGGCGCUGCAUCCCAGGUGUGGGGAUAUGUUCGAAAAUGGCAGUUUCUUAAGGCGCAGGAAGAGGUUCAAGGUGAUGAAAUCGGACCACCUGGCCCCCAGCAAAGCCUCGGAUGCCGCCCAAUACCUGCAGCAACAAGCCAAGUUAAGACUGAGCGCCCUAGCGGCCUCUGGUACUCACUUGCCCCCGAUGUCCACCUACAAUCUAGGGGUAUCUCCGACUUCCAGCUUUAAGCACCCCUUUGCCAUUGAGAAUAUUAUCGCCAGAGAGUAUAAAAUGCCAGGAGGACUUGCCUUUUCCACCAUGCAGCCCAUGCCAGCCGCCUACCCUCUCCAUAAUCAAUUGACUACAGUUGGAGGUUCCAUUGGCACAGGCUGGCCCCACAUGUACAGCUCCAGCAUGCUGGACUCAACCACCCCCAUAUCCAUGGCCAACAGCGACUACAGUGUCAGCGCCUAUGGAGUACCUAUCAAACCUAUAUGCCAUGGGGCACAAACCUUAUUACCGGCCAUUCCAGUUCCUAUAAAACCAACGGCAGCGCUACCAGCCCUGCCCACACAUAUCCCAGCUAUUUUAUCGAACUCCUCUCCAUCCAUGAGUCCAACAUCUCCACAGACAGCCACAAGCCAAAGCAGCCCUGCUACUCCCAGCGACACUCUCACUAACCCCUCCACCGCCCUGCUCUCUGUGGCUGUACACUGACCCACCUGCUGACACUCUAACCAUCCGCCUGCUGCCCACUUUUUGUUGGCUGAGAGAAACUCUUGACUUUGGUACAGAGCUUUUCAGCACGUUCCCCUUACAAUUACAACACAUUCAUGAAAGUCUCGCCUAUUCACAGUUUCAUUCCUAAAAUGUGGCUCUAUAGGUAUUUAAAAAGAAACGUAGGAAUUCCCAUAGUGAAAUUCCACGUCUUUCCCAAACUGUGGUCAAAUCAAACAUGAAGAUCAGGAUAACUAUUGAACAACACAAUUGCAAUUAACGGCCUCUUAUUAACCUAGUUACGCACAAUAAUAGAAAAGGUCUCAUUAGACCAAUGUGUGAUCUUUCUUUUGCUAUUUUGUAAUUUGCACCUUACAUGUAUUUUGUGGGUUUUUUUUGCAGUACACCUCUGCUAAACAAGUAGAAUUGGAUCGGUUCUGUACCUAUUAUAUUAUGUGCAACAAACUUAAACACAGUGACAGAAAAUUGCUCUACCGACCUUGUUUUACAUUAGCCAUGUGUAAAUACUGAGCCCCACAUUGUGCUCAAUGCAGCAGAGUCUGCAAGUGGUUAUCAUUUCACAGGCCUGAGGGAUGAUGUAGCCGAUACCGAUACGAUUAUAUUUAUUAUUAAGGAAAUAAGCAGCCAGGCAUUUAGCUGUAUAUGGAUUUGGAAAAAAAAGCUGCAAACUCGUAAUGUGCUUGUUUUCAGACUACUGUAAUAUUGCUCCUGUGAGGCACCUGUAAAUGUUUGUGAAUACGAAAGAAUAUAUGUUGUGUAUAAAUAAUGCACUUUUAUUUGGAACCCCCCACCUGUUUUCUAAUCUAACUCAGAUGAUGUUCUGGAAACUGAAAGUCGCUCCUUUGCUGAGUGUGCUGAACUCACUAUUCUAAGUGAUUCUGCUGUGCUCCCAAUGAAUUGUAAAGUAAUGACCAUUGCGAUUGCUUAUAGUACAAGCAGCAUGGCAUCUCCAGUGUUGUGCCCCCUUCGCAGCAUGUGUGUACUGUAACAGGCCCAUGUAAAAAAGACAUCCGCGUUAAAUUAUAAUAGUUGUGCAAAUAAUAUUUUCUCAUUAAAAUGUCUAAAAAUACAA